UAGCUGUAUGUUGUUGAUCUUCAGUCAGUUAAAUAUGUAAAUUACUGACUUUCAUUUCACUCUGUAUUUCUUCAUGUAUGUUUUGUAGGUAUGACUAUUUUGAAUAAGUUAUGCUGAUGUUAUGAUGAGCUAUGAACCGGGAAGAACCAGCUGAUAGCGGUUGGCUGUCAACAAGAAACAAGAGAAAGAUCACCACUCCUGCAGCUAGUGUAAAGAGGAAAAGGUCAGCUGUGGCCCUGUGUCGUCCUCUGGGAUGUGGACAACCCUCAGCGUUUUACACUCUCACCCAGAAUUCCCCUCCACCCCCAGAACUCUUUACACGCACCCACCAGACCUCCAUCGUCUCAUUCUUCAGGGCAGGGAGUACUAAGGGUAAUGCUGAAGACGCAAAGGCUGCAGAUGUCAAGUCUGAAGGUGAUGAAGAACCAAAAAAAAAAUCGAUCCAAACCUGAUGUGGAUCAGGGUAAAAACAUGGAACCACUCACUUAUCAAACUCGCUCCCCAUUACGUCACAGUCCACGGAAGACAACUCUAGACGGCAAGUAACAGACAGACAAAACAACCAGGUGCAGUUAGGGGAGGAAAACCAACAGCCUGCGAAAGGAGACAUCAUUAUAGAUUGGUAUUGCAAUUCUAACUCGCCAAGGAAGGGCAGUACUGAGUGUAGUCCUGGCUCAUUUUUAGGGUUACCAGGUUACAAGAGCAGGAAUAAAGUGACUGGCAGCCCAGAAGAAAGUCAGGCGUUUGUUACCCUUGAGCUUGAUAGUGAUGGAAACUUUGCUGAUCUCGCAUUAUCAAGCCAGAAACGCGCUUGUUCAGUAAAACCUACUAGUCUUUGUUCCCAGGAUUCAGCUGUUCGAUAUUCGUCAUCAUAUUUGGAAGAUCAGGAGCUGUCUGAAAUUGCUUCAUUUGCAGAACUGGAUGGCCAGUGGGGUUUAAAUGAUUCUUGUGUAAGUAAAAUUGACACUGCAGUAACAGAUAGCGAAGAGCCAUUUACGUUUGCUUUCCUGUCACAAGAUCCCACGCUCAGAACAAGGGUGGUAACUCCCACUGGCAUACGACAAUCAUCCAAGGGAGCUGACUCUGCAAGUGCCAGUGAUGAUGAGGAAUUCACACUUACGACACAAGGAUUAGAUAAUACAAAUGACGACCUAGAAUACUCCGACGUGAGUGGAUUUGAAGAUGAAUCACAAUGCAUACUUGAUUCACAAGAGUUGGAGUUAGAGGAACACUCAAUUGAGCCGAAUUAUUCUGAAUUUAAGGAAAGCAAUAUAAAUUCAAACUUUUCAUAGGAUAGCCAAAAGAGGCCAACAAAAAUUUAGCAGCGUGAGUGAUUUGUUAAAUUUUGAAUUUGCGGUUAUAGAAUUCCAUAGUGUGAAUCAUAAAACAAUGUAUUUUGAGUCUGUUUGUAUUUGAAAGCAUUUGGAUACAAGUUAUGUCAUCAUUUUAAAGUUAGUUUGCAUCAUUAUUUAUUUAUGUAUUUGAUUGAUGUUUUACCCCGUACUCAAGAAAAUUUCACUUAUACAACGGCAGCCAGCAUUAUGGUGGGAGAAAACUGGCAGAGCCCGGGGGGGAAACCCACGACCAUCCGCAGGUUGCUGACAAACCUUCCCACUUACGACC